CCUGCACCAGGUGUGAGACUUUGUCCCAGCCAUGCACCUCUGUGGGGGUGAAGGGCUGCUGACCGGGCAGGACCCUGAGGAGCACCAGAAGCAGCUGAAGAAGAAACAAAAGAACCGGGUGUCUGCCCAGCGCAGCCGGCAGAAGCACACGGACAAGGCGGACACGCUGCACCAGCAGCACGAGUCACUGGAGAGACACAACCACGCUCUGCGGAAGGAGAUCCAGGGCCUGCAGUUGGAGCUGGCGUGGUGGAGGCGGACUUGGCACAUGCACGAGCGCCUGUGCCCGACGGAGCAUGCCUCCUGCCUGGCUCCCCUGCCUCCGGAGUUCUGGGGCCAGCCCAAGCGGCCCCUGGACCCCACGCCUCAGAGGCCACACGGCUGCCAGCAGCAGGCGGACCCCUUCCAGAGCCCAGUCUCCUCUCCCGCGGCUCAGCACAAACUCUCUCCAUAUCCGCAGCCGCAUGGUUCCCCUGGCCUCCUCCUGUCCCCUCUGCCCUUGCUGUCCCCCUGCCCUACUGCGGUCACUGUUCCUCCUGCCCAGCCAUCCCCCAGCCCUGUCCAGCCUGCUUCGCCCUCCGGCUCCAGCCUGUUGAGACCUUCCUCCAAGCUCAAAGACCUCCUGCCCCACUCCUCAGCCCAAGCUGCCCCUCCGCAGCCCUUUGGGCCGGAGCACCUCACCCAGGAGAAGCUGGUGUCCUCGCCCCACAGUCCCUCGACUGCUCUGGGGCUGGCCUGCCUGCAGGACAUGGACAAACCUGCUUUCUCAUCAGCAGAUCAGCAAGGGUUGGGCGUGGAUCUCAGCCCCCACCCCCUCCCGGCCUUCCCCCUGCUCUCCUCUGCUCGGGUCCACUUCUAA